CAGGCGCACGACGGCCCGGCGCCGGAGAGGGCGGAAGGCGGGAGCGCGCGCCCGCUCCGGAGGCGCGCCAUGGAACAGCGGCUGGCCGAGUUCCGGGCGGCUCGCAAACGGGCCGGGCAGGCGGCCCAACCGUGCGCUUCAAGUCAGACCGUACAAACCCUGGGAGAGAAGGCGGAAGCAGUUAGGACUCCAGAGGCAGCCUCAGGCUGGUUAAGGCGGUUCCUGAUACUUGUACGGAAACCGAGGCCCGCGAAUGCCCGGGUCCCGCCCAGCCGCGCUCAGGAGGUGGCUCAGCCCCCGAGGAACGUCCCCAGUCGUCCUCCUCUGCCUCCGCCUCCACACCGAGACCGGUCUUUCCUGACCAGCAUCACCUUCCUGAAGGUCCUUCUCUGGUUGGUCCUACUGGGACUGUUCGUAGAGCUGGAAUUUGGCCUGGUGUAUUUCGUUCUGUCCUUGUUCUACUGGAUGUACGUAGGGACGCGGGGCCCAGGGGAGAAGAAGGCAGGCGAGAAGAGCGCCUACUCCGUGUUCAACCCGGGCUGCGAGGCCAUCCAGGGCACGCUGACUGCAGAGCAGCUGGAGCGCGAGUUACAGCUCCGGCCCCUGGCGAGGACCUAGGCGCGGCUCGGCUGCCACCAGCUAAGCCUGGGCCCGACCUCCUGGCCCAAGAGCAUGGGCUUGAUUUCCACUGCAGGGACUGAGCACAGCUUGCAGGUGGACUCUGACUGCAUAAUUCCUUGCUCUUUCCCAGACGGGUUGCUGCAGUUUUAUCCUUGACCUUCUCUCUGGCUUGGGCGAAAUCCCUUAGAAGACACUCACUCACUGUGCUGUUAAUAAAACGUUAGUACUCAGGA